AGAUCUCCUGAGUUGAAGCAAUAAUAAUAUAAGUUCAGUGCUUGCAGGCAAAGCAUGUUUGCUUUGUCUCCCAUAGCAGCUGCCCUCUCAUUACUCAUCCCUUCACGUCCUCUUCUCAUCAAACCCCACCAUCUGUUUCUGCAUAUUAAGCUAACUUCACAUAUAAAUAUAAUCCUUAGAUGUCUGUCCUCUUCGCAAUUUCUUGGAAAAUUCACACAAUGGAUCACACGAAAGAGAUGGCUAAUGGAAGUGAGCAUGAAGAUGAUUAUGUCAACAAAAUUCUCUUUGGAGCUGGAGCAACUCUAGCCAUGGCUUGCUUGAAACGCCUGCUGGUUAUGGUUUUCGUCGAGCAAUGGCGAUCGAGGGUGUUUUUGAUACUCAAUCUUGUUCUUUUAGCUAUUUUCUUCACUUCUGUCCAUUCAAGCUCAAGUGAAAAUCGAGAAAGUAGUUGUGAUGAGAGGAAGAUUCAAGAAAAGAAGAGAAAGAAACAAUGUGUCUGGUCUGAAGAAGCUGAAACACAAGGAGAAUGUGAGCAGAUUGGAACAAGGGAUGAAGAUGAAGAUGAAGACAAAGAUAAAGACAAAAAUGAGCUUGAGCAUGUUAAAGUUGAUAGUGAAGAUCAGCAAUUGUCUAAGGAAGAGUUAAAUGAGAGAGUAGAAGCUUUCAUUGCCAUGUUUAGACAGCAUUUGGUUUCUGAUGCAAGAAAAAGUAGAAGCAAACCAUUUCCUCUCAAGGCCUAAACAAAGCUGAUCCUUAAUUACCUUUUCAAGCAAAAGGAAAAAGUGGAAUCUGGACCUUUAGUGGUACUUUCAAUAGACGUCUGGGAUGAAAGUGUAGUUCCUGUAAGUUUCAGGGUUAAUUUGCAAUUCUUUCUUACCUUUUCCAACCUUUUAGUUUUGGGGUUUUAAGGUCAAGUUGGGAGUUUAAAUAGGCCAUUUUAGGUAAAAAAAUAUAGAGAACAAUGGGAGACUUGGUAGCCGGCCGGACAUGGCUCUAAAUUAUUGAGCCCGCCACCCCUGCUUGCUAAUUCCAUCGCAGAAGCUUUGUUUUCUUGUAUGCGGCGGUGCUUCUGUUUUUGAAUUAUCUAAUCAUGGCUACCGCAUCCUGGGCUGUUGCUUUUUUGGGUGUUUUGUGCUUUCUGAGUUGAAGAUUGUCUUUUGGCUUGGGCAAUAUCCCAUAUCAUCAUUGAUGUGCUGGACUUAACGUAACAGGGAAUGGACGAUGACGGUUUGAUACGCUUCUCCUUGUAGUGACUAGCUUGGGUUAGAGUUAGAACAGGUCUUGGACUGUAUUUGGGCCUUUAUUUGUUAAUUAGGCUUUCUUUUUUAGGCCAUGAGCUUUUAUGUUGCUAGCCCAUUGAAUUGCAUAAUGUAUUUGGGCAAUAUGACUUUUAUCAUUAAAAAAAAAAACCGAUUGUCCUUUCUCA